AGUAAACAUUCUAUAAUUAUGGACUCGUCUAUAUCUAAGCUCCAAAAGCUGAUCGCUUGUAAGGGGAUAGUCUUCUUUUAAUCCUGUAUAUACACAAGCUGGUCACAUGUAGAAGAUGAAUUUUUAUCCGAUCAUCAAAACCUUUUGUAUAUUUUGUUGUUGGCUUCUUCAACUAUACUUCUGCUGUGCUUUUAUAAGUGUUGAUAUAUUUCUUUUUUUUUUUUCAUAUAUGGGGAAGGAAUUCAAAUCGAUGAAAAAAGAAUUCAGUUGCUGUGGUAGCAAAAGAAAAAAAUGCAACCGCAUGAAUCCCAUGAACAAGGAUCGACCUAGUCCUAGGUCCAGUAGUUUUACCAUGCAAACAACUAUUGUUAUUUAGUAAAAAUGGCCAAAUGUAUCUCUUCAAGUUUAGCAAAGACCAGGUUCAGCAGCAAACACAUGCAGUGUUCUGGUUGCUGCACGCUUGCUAUGCCCGUUA